GUUAAGAGUACGAGUGUGUGUGUUGAGCCUGGUAAUGAUGGCGGCGGUAGAGACGUGAAGCAGAUCGUGUGUUCUUUAAAUUCUGUUCUAUUCCUUGGAAUCCUUAAUUAAAGACUCUUGAUUAACAAAUUGGGACAAGAUGAUUCAAGUGGGGAUGUUCAGCAUGCCCCCGCCUCCCAUUCCCAGGGAAAGCCUCCACCCCCUGGAGUAGGACCUCAACAGUUCCAGCCAUUAUCCUUCAAACCCUUCAAAGCUCCUGAUGGUGAAUUUGAUGGCAAAAGACUUCGGAAAAGUGUCAUGCGAAAAACCGUUGAUUAUAAUUGCUCUGUUGUAAAUAUGUUGGAAAAUCGUGUUUGGCAAAGAGAUGAGCGUGAUCGUUGUACACUUCAAGCAGAUGUAUGUUAUGCCUCGGAAAUGCUGCCACCUACUGCAUAUCCUAUGAAUCCAAUUAAUGCAGUUGUUACCAAGUUUGUGCGAACUUCAACAAAUAAAGCUAAGUGCCCUAUCUUUUGUUUGGCAUGGACACCAGAGGGACGUCGCCUGGUAACGGGAGCAUCUUCAGGGGAGUUCACACUCUGGAAUGGUCUUACCUUCAACUUUGAGACUAUUUUACAGGUUAGCUUAUUUAAUUAGACUAAACAUUUUUCCUUU